UUAGUUCUUUGAUUCCUAGUUUUUGAGUAGCAAUUUUCUACUGUGCUUUUGAAGCUGACACUCUUCUUUCUUUGUAGGGACAUCUCUCUCUCUCUCUUUCUCUCUUUUUCACUGUGUGUUUGUGUGUGCCAUGGCAACUGAAAGCUUCAACAAACCUCCAUCAUACCCUGAGAUGAUAUAUGAAGCCAUUGAAGCACUAAAUCAAGAAGGGGGUUCAAACAAGUCAUCAAUAUCUACUUACAUUGAAUCAAAAUAUGGAGAUCUGGGUAAAGAUCAUUCAGAGUUUCUAACUUUACAUUUGGACAACAUGAAGCAAACUGGAGAGCUCAUUUUCCUUAAGAACAAUUACAUUAAACCUGGUUCAGAUGUUCCUCAGAAAAGGGGUAGAGGCAGACCACCAAAGCCAAAAGUUCCUUUACCACCUGGUGCAGAAUCUGCAGAAAUUGCAUCACCAAGGCCAAGAGGAAGGCCAAGAAAAGAUCCCAAUGCACCACCUACUUCAAAGAAGCCAAAGCCAACACCUGCAGCCCCAAAUUCCACAGGGAGGCCUAGGGGUAGGCCUAGGAAAGUUAGGCCACAGCCUGCACAAGAUGAUGAUGAUGUUGAGGAAAGCUGAAAAAUAAAUUGUAGGCUUAUUGUUGGACUAGAUCUGUUGAUGGUGAUGACUCUAGUUAUGACUUAGUUGUCUUAUUUUUCUUUUUGUUUAGGUAUUAGUAUUCGCUUUUGUCAGACUUGUUGUCGUGUGACCAGGGGUUAGGGAUUCAAAGCGGUACAAGUAGUCUCUUGUAGAAAUGUAAUGUAAGACCGUGACCAGUAGACUGAUGUGGUUUGGCUCUUUCUCGAAUCCUGUCAAAUCCUGUUUGCUAUCAGUAGACUGAUGUGGUCCGACUCUUUCUCAAAUCUUGCGUGCAGUGGUAGCUUAGUGUUGCAGCCCUUUUAUUAGUAUGAUCUCCUCUUGGUUAAUGCCUCACAUGUAGUGGAUUAUUACUUUCUGUAGUUCUAGUAGGAUUGUGUAUGUGUUUAGCUCUUUGUUCAAGAUUCACUGUAGAGAGAUCUGUAAUCCUUGUUACUAUGUGUAAUUGCUGCACUUUUCACUCUGUUAUCUAUAUGUUAAAAUUA